UUGCUUCACAAACCUAGCUCCACCAACUUCAUUUUUAUCUCUUUUUCAAGCUAUUUUCCAUGCGUUUACGCUUCUAAUUCGGCUUUUUCUUGACGUGUUCAUCAUGUGUCGAUCAGUGUCGAAAUUUUGGUGAUUUCCUAGGGUAGUUUCACCAGUCGCUUAGCUUUCGAGCUUAGGGAAGUCGCUAUCCUAGAAUUGGAGUGUUUUAUACCGUAAUUUUUUAUUUAUUCAGUUAUCUUGUUGGGAUUGGUGUUCUUGAGCCUCGUUCUUCCCAUACGUGGUUCAAAUGACCAGAUCCCGUUCCCUUAGCUUUUCUGGUUGUCGUGGAUGGGUUGGUUCUGCCAAUUAGUUUAAGGAGCUUAUAAAUAUGUGUAUAAUCGAUAAUUUUGCCUAUUUACUUUAGAUUGUUUUCCAUAUUAGGGUAUUCCUCUGUAGAUUCCCUGGACUUGGAUGUUCUGUACUGUUUAGUAUGUGUGGAUCAAAUUGGUGAAUCUGUACCACCAUGGUCAAAAUAGACCAAAGAGCGAAUUCGUUCAUUCAAGAUGUGAGAACUCACAAUGAUAGAUCAUGUUUUUGUUUUCAAGUCUUUUCAUUCUCUGUUUUUUGAUCCCAUAUAGAAUUAGUGUAUAUGUAUGUGAAUGUUUGUGUGCUGUGGGGUGAUUAUUAUAAGUUCUGAAACUUGCGAUCAUUGGUAGUUUGAACUCCAGUGAAAUGCCACCUGGUUCUGUAGUUAUAGAUUUUGCCUAUGAUUGCUUGUAUGUUAGCUCACAAUGGUGAUGCACUUAUCCAUUAUUGUUUUAUUUUUAUCAUUGAAGUUCUAUUCCUGAUUCGGCUUUCCUUUUGGUUCCCUCCUUGAGUUUCUGCAGUAUUUUUAUAAUGACUCCUUUUUGGAUCAAGUUAGUUCUGCAUCAGUCAAUGGUUUUAUUUAUUUAUUUAUUUUGGGUAAAAUAAUGAGGCACCAAUAUAUCCUGACUUACUUAUUAAGAAGGAAUAUGCUGAAUACAGAGAGACAUAAUUAUGUGCAUACUGUUGGGAGCAAAACUUUAUUCAAUUUUCAAUUAGAUGACAUAAUUGGUGGAUCAUCCUAUGGUUGAUGGAACUGUUUUUUUGUUGGCAUUUCUGUAAUUGAGUUGAUGAUACCAUAUAUUAAAGGGAGUACCCCUCACUUUUCAAAAAUUACUGACUAACUCUACUGUUCAAAAUUUAUAUUAGAUUACCCCUUGAGAUUAGAUUUAAGUGACAUAGGAUACCCAUAAAGUUUUAUAAAAUUAUAUGGAUCUCUUGACUUCUGUGUUCUUUUCUUUUCUUUUUUCUUUUUUUGUGUGACUGAGGGGAAGUCAAUGUGAUUUCCCGAAAUUUAUUGAAACCUGGGGUGUGCAAAGUGUAAUUUUCCCUAUAUUAAAUUCAUACAAGAAUAGUGAUACUAUUAUUAUUAUAUUCACGAGAUAUAUUUCUUUUCCUUGUGGUGUUCUUUUGACCAUGAUGUAGUACAACUGCAACAUUUGUAUUGAAGUUCUUUUCAAGAAUAGCUCUUUUUUCGUAGUGGUUUUUACUCUCGAACUAUUCAGAAUGACAUGGUUGGCUUCCAAUUAACAUACUAAAAUAUGGCAUCUUCUUUUUCAGAUUGGACUAUUAGAUAGGACAAGAAAGACUUCUGUUACUGGAAUACAGAUUGUUUUCGUACAUGGUAUCAGAGCUAAAACACAGAAAGCCACAUUUUUAGAAUGCAUACCAUAGGAGUAACACCACUAACAAUCACAAGGUGGGGUAGGCUACAUGAACUGUAGACCUCCAACCAUCUUAACUUUAAGAAACAACUGCUUAAUCCCAUGAGUUUUCCGAUGGUUGUUGGCUACCUAGCACAACCUUACUCUUUUAUCUGGGUUUCGAACAACCAUAAAUUGGAAGAACACAUGAUGCUAGAAGUGUUGUGGGCAUUACCCAUUUCACAGGUGGAGUUUGAUACCAUAGGGGUAGAUUUGUAAAUGUUACUAAAAGAAUUACUGCAAUUUUCUUUUAGAAUUUGGGCAUCCAGUAACAUAAUGCAAUAUGAUAACCCAACAAAAUAAUUAAAAAAUACAUGAUGCAACAUUAUCUAUUUUUCUUUAAAAUUAAUCGUGUAAAACUGCAUUUAUCAUAAAUGGUGAUUAUUUUUUAUAUUUUGUCCAUGCCAAAGCUACACUUUUCCUAAAUUUGUGUUCAUUUACUUGGUAUAUUUACCUCCUAAGAAAACAUCUAAGAAAUAAAUAUGGAAGUGGUACUGGGAUUACUUUAGAUCAUCUAAAGUUGGAUAUAAGAUGUGGCUUCCUGGGCAUGGGUCUUUUCAACUCAUUGCUGACAAAUGUUUCUUUAGGUUCAUAGCUGGCAGGUCAUGCUGAAAGCAUGGUCAAUUAUUUUCUUUUCAUACUGAAUUUAGCAUGAAGAGACACAUUGAGGUUUACAUUUAGUGUUUUUUUUUUUUUUUUGGGGGGGGGGUAGUGGGAGGCUUAGCCAGGAUUGGUUGUCUUGAGGAAAUUGUUCACUAUCACCCCAUAUAGCUUCAUAUCUUUCUCUGACAAUCACAUUAUAUUUGUACUCUCUCUCUCUCUCUCUCUACAACGUCAAAGGUACCAUUAUAUUUUAAAAUUGAUGAUAUUUUCACAGAUAGGAAUUAGUUUCAACUUGUGCUCCCAGAGAUUGUGAAUUUUGUUUCCAGGUGCUUCAUGCUAGAUUUCCAUUACUUACCCCCCCCCCCCCACCAAAGUCUCCUUCAAUUCAAGGUUGCCUUUGCCCUUUUUUUUAAGGACUAAUCAUUAACUGGUCCAUGUCAUGGAAGUAUCAAAUGAUUCAACUGUUAAGAAAUCAAAGAGGUUGACAUCCAUAGUAUGGAAUCACUUUGAGAGGGUCAGAAAGGCUGACACUUGUUAUGCGCUCUGUGUACAUUGUAAGAAGAAACUUAGUGGGUCAAGUAAUAGUGGAACUACUCAUCUGAGAAAUCAUUUAAUUCGCUGUCUGAAGAGAUCCAAUUAUGAUGUUUCUCAGAUUCUUACUGCAAAGAGAAAGAGAAAAGAUAGUGCUCUUACUGUUUCUAAUGUUGACUUUGAGGAAGGGCAACGAAAAUGUGAAAGUAUUACUCCUGUAAAUAUUAAAUUUGAGCAAGAGCAUAAAAAAGAUGAACCUAUCAACCUUGGUAGCAUCAACCUUGGAAGUGUUAAGUUUGAUCAAGAGCGGAGUCAGCUGGAUCUUGCCCGUAUGAUCAUGUUACAUGGUUAUCCUCUUGAGAUGGUCGAGCAUGUUGGAUUCAAAAUGUUUGUUAAGAAUCUUCAGCCCUUGUUUGAGAUGACUAGUAGUGCCCUUGAGCUGGACUGUAAGAAAAUUUAUGGGAAAGAGAAACAAAAAGUCUAUGAGACUUUACAUGCUUUGCAUGGAAGAGUUAGCCUUGCUGUUGAUAUGUGGACUUCACCUGAAAAUGCAGCUUACUUGCGCUUGACAGCAAACUUUGUUGAUGAGGAUUGGAAGCUACAGAAAAAGAUACUGAAUUUCAUUACAUUGGAUGAUUCUUAUACAGAUGACAUACUUUCAGAAGUUAUUAUGAAAUGUGUGAUGGAUUGGGAUGUUGAUAGGAUGUUGUUUGCCAUGACAUUUGAUGAUUUUUUCUUGAAUGAUGACACAAUCUUCAAGAUCAAAGACUGGCUCUCUCAAAACAAGCCUCUUCUAAAGAUUGGUCAGUUGUUUGAUAUGCGAUGUGCAAUGCACGUUCUAAAAUCUAUUGCUUGGGAUGCAGUCAAGUCACUUCAAGAUGUGAUCAACAAAAUUCGAGAAAGUAUUAGGUAUGUCAAAAGUUCACAAGCAACUCAAGGAAAGUUCAAUGAGGUUGCUGAGCAAGUUGGUAUCAAUGGUCAAAGGCGCCUAUUUUUUGACUGUCCAAUGCAAUGGAAUUCAACAUAUCUCCUGCUUGAAACAGCCUUGGAAUACAAGGGUGCCUUUUCUGUGCUGCAGGAACAUGAUGCGGGCUAUUCAAUUUCUAUAUCUGAGAGAGAGUGGGAAUGGGCAAGUUCUGUUACUGGCUAUAUGAAGCUUUUCUUUGAAGUUAUCAAUGUCAUCUUAGGGAACAAACAUCCAACUGCAAAUAUAUAUUUUCCAGAGAUUUGUGAUGUUUAUGUCCAAUUGAUUGAAUGGUGCAAGAACCCUGAUGAUUUUCUUAGUUCUAUUGCACUGAAAAUGAAAGCCAAGUUUGAUAAGUUUUGGAGCAAAUGCAGUUUGGCUUUAGCAGUAGCAGCCAUCUUAGAUCCCCGAUUCAAAAUGAAAUUGAUAGAGUAUUACUAUCCCCAAAUUUAUGGCACUGAUGCCCCCGAUCACAUCAAGGAAGUUUCUGAAGGUAUUAAGGAACUGUUUAAUGAGUACUCUACAUGCUUAAAUUCACUUGAUCAAGAUUCUGUGAGGCCUGGUAAUAGAUUGCCUGGUAUUGGUAAUGGUACAAGGGAUAGGCUAAGAGGAUUUGACAAAUUUCUCCAUGAAACUUCACAAAGUCAAUGUGUAUUAUCAGACUUGGAAAAAUAUCUAGAAGAAAUGAUCUUUCCACGUAAUCAUGAUUUCAAUAUAUUAAACUGGUGGAAAGUCCACACACCAAGGUAUCCUAUCCUUUCAAUGAUGGCACGUGAUGUUUUGGCAAUUCCUCUUUCAACUCUUGGACCAGAGUGGGCAUUCAGUAGUAGUGGCAGAAUACUUGACAGUCAUCGGACUUCGCUUCAUCCAGAUAUCAGAGAAGCUUUGAUAUGUGGCCAAGAUUGGUUGUGGAUGGACUCAGAAGAAGCCAAGAUGUCUUCCAUCCAUUCAGCUGUGCCCCUCGCCAUUGAAACAAAUUAGUUGCCGUGGUACAAUUCUUUUACUUCUGCCCUAACUGAUCUUCCCAUAAUGGUGUAUGUUUUUCUGAUUUGGUAGUUUUCCCCCUUUUUAGGAAUUGGGUAUUCUCCGGUGAUGUUGAUCAAAUGAGUGUGGUUCUAACGUAGUUCAUUGCUGGAUGUAGAGACUGAUACAUCAUGAACCUCUGCUCUCCUUGUCCAAAUUUUACAAUAGGGAUAAUGAUUUUUGAUUUUUUUUUCCCUGUUAAAUGUGCAUAUUAGGAGUGAACUAACUGCAUAUGCCGAUGCUUAAACUGAAGGGUUACCCUUGGCGCUGUUUAAUCGCCCUCUGUUGGAAA